AUGGAUCCGUUGAUUGCGUCUGAGAGUGCAACUUCACAGGCUACUGAGAAUGGCCGCAGCGCUGAGACUAACAAGACACCUGAGCAGGUUCAGGAGGAGAACAAGUUCCAGCGAGCUAUUGCAGUAUGGCGAGGAAUUGAUCUUGCAAACCUGAUUGCCAAACACGAUACGACCGCCUCUGACAUCGUGUCACACCAGAGAGACUCCCUCGUCCAGAGGAAAGAUCUAGCGCAAAAGACAAAGGAUUUCAGGAAGCUAGACGAUGCCUCAAAACUAUCGGAGUAUAAGGGGCUGCUGAAAUAUCUCCUCACAAACCAAGGGAAGGUUGCCUCCUCUUCGUUUCUACAGUUAUAUACUGCGUUAUCUGAAGCUCCGGACCCUUAUCCGCUUCUUGAAGCCUCGAUCGACUCUCUAGUUCUAUCCGAAGAUACCGUCCCCAAGUUGAAUGCUGAAAAGGACUUUUUGCAGAACAGUGUCAACCGUCUAACAUAUCAGCUCGAGGAGACCGAGAAACGACUAGCUGAAGAACGUGCUACACGACUAAAACUAGAAGAGAACCAGGAUAAGAAGAUCCAGGAAGUUGAAGCCUCUUGGAAAGCUGCAUUGGCGGAAAAGACGAGCAACUGGGAAGCAAAGGAGAAGGCAUUCGAAGAAAAGGCCGAAAACCAUGACCGUUUGCUUAAGGAGCUUAAAGCAAGCUACGAAGUCUCGCAGCGGCUGGACCACAGCGAGAAUACUGAAGGGGACACGCGCAGUGCGGCAACAGCAGCUGAGCUCGAAAUAGUCGCUUCGGAUUUAGAGAGAACCAGCAUCCGUCUAGCGGAGGUGGAGGCUCGCAAUGAGCAACUUAGUCUCGAGCUUGCCCAAGCAGUUUCUCAGAGUCAAUCUGAACAAAGUUCCCGCCCCGUGGAGGAAGAUCCCCAAUACCUGCGAUUGCAAACUGAGAAUUCUUCGUUAAUGCGGAAGCUCGAGGCUGCUCGAUUUGAUAAGGAUGCGGAGAAAAAUACCUGGGAAGGAAAACUCCGCCAGUGCGAACGAACUAGCUCAAAGAUUACGCGAGAGCGAGAUGAACUCCGUGAAAAGCUUACUAAAUUUGCAGAUUAUGAUGAUAUCAAGCGCGAGUUGGAGGUCAUCAAGUCCAUUGAAUUUUCAACUGGAGAUGAUGAACCUGAUACCUCUGUUGACGAUUCCAAACCCUCAAACUCCAAGGAGAAUAACUUAGAACAAUUGCUUCUUGCACGCAACAAGAAACUAUCGAAUGAGCUCACGAUCUUGCGAGUAUCUCAUCAAGAUCUAGAAGGCCAACUAGGGGCCCUUCGAGAAGAGCUCUCACGAACCAAUUCGGAAUUGGAAAAAUCAAGGAAGUUGGCCACUAAACUGGAGAAUGACCUCCUGCACAUCCAGCGUGAAACAACCAACUCCUCUGCCAUGUCAGUAGCAGGAACAUAUGUAUCAAGGUACCCUCACGGCUCCCGUAGAGGGCGGGUAUCCCCUACCUCCUCCAUUAUCUCCGGCUUCGAUAAUUCCAUGUCUCCUACCACUAUGGAAGCAAUUCGGGCGGGUGAGCCUGUUGGGGGUGGCUCCGGCAUUCUUCCAAUGGUCCAAGCACAGCGUGAUCGCUUCAAGCAGAAGAACAGCGAGCUAGAAGAAGAGCUUUCAAAGACAUAUGGUAUCGUCAAAUCUCUGCGGGCAGAAGUCGCAUCGUUACAGAAAGAUAAUCUUAGUCUUUAUGAGAAGACCCGGUAUGUGUCAACAUAUAAUAGGGGUCAAGCAUCGACAUCCUCAACUGCAACACCGUAUUCAAACAGGCCGAACGCGACGGCAAUCCAAGUGGAUCCUGAUACCCCAUCUGGUCUGUCACUUGAUAGAUACCAGUCAGCAUACGAGGCUCAGAUAUCGCCAUUCGCAGCCUUUAGAGGCCGUGAGUCUGCUCGUGCAUAUAAGCGCAUGAGUGUGCCGGAGCGGAUCAUUUUCUCAAUUACCAGGAUGGUUCUUGCCAACAGGACAAGCAGAAAUCUAUUUGCGGCAUAUUGCUUUGCUUUGCACAUCUUCUUAAUCAUAAUGCUGUAUUCUAUGAGCACUACAGGUAUCGAGAAGCAUGCUGGCAUCAUGCUAGACCAUGGCAGGGGUCAAAAUCUCAACGGAGCGGAAGAUGGUCCCCUUGGCUAA